CGAAUAGUAACUCUUUUUUCAAUUCCGUACAACAAUACGAAGCCUGCUGCUGGAAGCCGAAGGCACCCUGUUAGCCAUUCAAAAAGUUUCCGGACUCUUGACUUAUUAGACUCUGUGAUGAUGGAUGGAAAGCCUCGAGUCGCCCACCGGAUCUAUACAAUGUGCGCCCUUCAUAUGACGACUUCUUCAUAACGAGCAGUAGGAUUAGUCGAUAUAUACUUAUCAGAGCCAUUAUUACCGCAUCGUGUUGGGUCCAGUCCUUGCUGGGUCUAACCGAAAGAACCGCGGUUCUGCCCUUGCACCCAUUUUUAACGCGGGGCUUCUUCUGGUUGCAAAUAUUUUAUGUAAUUUAGCUGCAAAUUCGAAACGGUUUUGGAGUAUUCUGCGAGGACGUAGCAUCUGACCAACUUCUGGUCUUUGCCACCGGAGUCUGCCGAGGGCUCUGUGCGUAUGAGGGAGCUAGGUAUAAGCAUCAGAGUGGCGCUGGAGGCCGCUCUCCUGGCGCUGGUGGCUCUCGCUCUGCUGCCGAUCGAAGUUCAGCCAUGCGGCCACCAUGUCGUGCAACGCGACAUACAGGCCCUGGUCGCGAUGCAUAAGGCCCACCAAGCGGCGCACCCCAUGUCCGGAGCCUGGGGCCCGGCGCAUGAGGUCGGUGCAGGCGACGCCGACUACCCUGACACGUACGAAGGAUAUGAUGACCAAGACACCUUUCAAGAAGCGGAAGAUGAUGGUGAUGUUGAAGAUGAGGAUGAUGUUGUCAAUGAAGGCGGGGUGUCGCGAUACGAGUGGGAGCUGGGCAGCUUCAGCGGGGAGGCGAGGCGCCGCCGCCGCAUGCAGCAGUCCCCCGCGUCCCCUCCCGCCCCCGCCCCCAUCCGGCUGUCAGUGACCUAUCAGCGGCUGGACGCACUGGAUGCGGGGCAGCAGCAGCUGCUGGGGCGGGUGGUGGAGGGAGUCAGGCGCAUUCUGCAGAAGUUCAUAACGAUCAAGCGCCCCCCCUCGGGCGGCCUGCUCGCCGACCCCUACUGCGCCUCCUUCUCCCCCUCCUCCGGCUGCACCGCCUACUACCCCGACUUCUCCCUCCGCCGCGCCAGCAGCAGCAGCAGCAGCGCCCUGCAGUGCGGCCUGGCCUCCCUGCUGCCGCAGCACGUGGUCAACCCCGCCAACUGCUCGCGGAGGGCCACUGCGGCCACCCUGCAGGCGAUGCUGGCGGG